AUGCCGCCGCCGCCCGGCCAUCGACCGCCCGCCGCCGCCGACCAGGCCCAGGGCGGGGGCGGGGCCGGGGACGCGGACCCGGACCCCGGCGGCGGGCGGUGGCGCUCGCUCGGUCGGUUCCGCCCGCCGCUCCCGAGGCCUCGCCCGCGCUCGCCGGGGCCAGCAGCAGGGGUGACUGUAGAUCCGCUCCCUCAGGAGCCAGAGGCGGCCACGGAAGGACUGCCAUCCGCGCCCGGGUGGCCAGCGUCUGCCCGAUGGGUAUCAGCACCAGGGAUCUACGAUGAUGCUUGAGAAAUCAGAUAGGAAGCCAUCAUUUCCACAACUGACCAGAUCUAAGAGGCAACCGACCCCUUUAGAUGUGUUAAAGAUAAACUGGGCUAUAUUGA